UAAGAUUCAAAAUAUAUAUAUUCAUAUCUUAAUGGAUAUAAUAUAUAAUAUAUAAAUCUUUAAUAUGUAUAUAUAACUGAAUGGAUUAGGAAGCCAUGCAAAUUGUCGUUGAGGGUUGUCGGUAUAAUAACUACGUGUUUAUCGAAAUAUUCACUUCAGUAUUCACCAAGUUAUCAACAAAAUCAGAACAACAAGGCUAAAAAUAUAAACAAAAAAAAUGGUUGUUAAUUAUAAAGUAUUUAAAAAAUGUUCACCAAAUGGUAAAUUAAUACUUUAUUUGGGUAAACGUGAUUUUAUUGAUUAUUUAUCUGGUACCGAGCCAAUUGACGGUAUUUUAUUGAUCAACAAUGAUGAUUAUAUAAAUAAUGAAAGAAAAAUAUGGGGUCAACUUAUUUGUAGUUUUCGUUAUGGACGUGAAAAAGAUGAAGUUAUGGGUUUAAAUUUUCAAAAAAAUUUAUAUCUAACAUCAGAGCAGCUAUAUCCAUCAGUUAAAAAACAAGAAAAUAAUCCAACAAAGUUACAGGAACGUUUGAUGAAAAAAUUGGGUAAAAAUGCAAUACCAUUUACAUUUAAAUUUCCUCAAUGUUCACCACCAAGUGUAACACUAGCACAAGGUGAUGGUGAUGAAGAGGGUGAACCAUGUGGUGUAACAUAUUAUAUUAAAAUAUUUUCUGGUGAUAAUGAUUCAGAUAUAUCACAUAAACGUAGUACAAUCAACAUUGGCAUUAGAAAAAUACAAUUUGCACCAACAAAACAAGGACAUCAACCAUGUACUGUUGUUAAAAAAGAUUUUUUAUUAAGUCCUGGUGAACUUGAACUUGAAGUUACACUUGAUAAACAAUUAUAUUCAUCAAAUGAUUCAAUUGCUGUUAAUAUAUGUGUACGUAAUAACAGUAAUAAAAUGGUUAAAAAAAUUAAAGCACUUGUACAACAGGGUAUUGAUGUUGUUAUGUUUCAAAAUGGACAAUUUAGAACAGUCAUUGAUGCUGUUGAAAUACAAGACGGUUGUCCAAUAAAUCCAGGCUCAACCCUACAAAAAAUCAUAUAUUUAAAACCAAAUAUUGGCAAUGAAAAACCAAGAAGAGGUAUUGCACUUGAUUCAAAAUUAAAACAUGAUAAUGAUAGUAAUAAUAAUCAACUGGCAUCAAGUACACUAUUAACAACAUCUGAUUUACGUGAUUCAUUUGGUAUUGUUGUAUCUUACGACAUAAAAGUUAAGCUAUAUUUGGGUGCACUUGGUGGUGAAUUAUGUGCUGAAUUACCAUUUAUACUUAUGAGAGAAAAACCAACAGAUAGACUUGUAUUUAAUCACUCAGAAAGUGUUGCUGUUGAAGAUUAUCAAGAUCAAUCAACAAAAUCAGCCUAGUCCAACAUCAACAUCAUCAUCAUCUCUUUAAUAAUUAUUUAUUUAUUUAUUUAUUUAUACUUGAAUAAAUAAAUAAUUAAAUAAUUCAAUUUGUAACAAUUCAAUUAAUUUAAUUCAAUUAACGACGCUUGGCAAUUGAAGGAUUUUACAAUGAUUCUGGCUAUUAAAUUAACAAAAUAAAAUUAUAGUUAAAUAAUAAUAAUAAUAAUAAUAAACACCU